AUGAACGACUGCACAAUGAAUCACUCGGUUAAUGGGUAUUCGCGCAUGCGUCCGUUGCACUGUGUUGCUGUCCAAGUGUUGGCCACGAUUGAAAGAUUUCGGAACGAAGCGUCGCGGUGGGCUCGGCUGACGAUGCAUCCCAACAUCGACGCGCAGGACGGAAGAAGGCUGCGCAGCGUACGCCGAAGAUUGUUUCAAGACGACGACGACGACGAUAACGAGACGGAGUCCGGUCGAAAUUCCGGCGUCGAGGACAAUCUAGCGAAUUGCUUCUUCGAGGAGGCGCGAAAAAAUCGCGAGAACGCCAAGGAGAGGUGGAACUUCGACUUCGAGAAGGAAGAACCGCUACCUGGUCGUUACGUAUGGGUGAAGCUAGACCAACACGGAAACGAGAUUUGUAACGCGUUGGAGACGAGCAAUCGAGUAGAAAAUCUGCAAACGAUGCAGGAAGAGGACACGCAGGACGACGACGUGACUAUGCAGGAGCACACGGACGACAAGGACGACGACAAAAUGACCGACAGCACGUGA